AUGAAAAAUUUUUUUAUAUUUCACUUGAGGAAUAAUUAUUCCAUUUUUUUGAAUAAGCCUGUACAAGUAUUUACAUUAAAUGUUAAAUUGAAUAGUCAUGUUAAAGUGAACUACAAACAUGAGCUAUUAACUUAUAAGUUGAGAAAUAUAACAUAUUUUAAAAAAAAAAAAAAAAAAAGUUAUCAUAAUUUUGAUGAAAGAUAUAUUACUACAUUAAACAAAAGGAUUAAUAUAAAUGAAAAACAGGGUAACCUUAAAAACGAUGGUUUAUUAAAUUCUACUCCAGACAAUCAUAUAAAAGAUAACAUUAUUAAAGAAGACUUAUAUAGAAAGAAUAACGAAAAAGAAAAUGAAGAGAUAAUAAAAUCAAUUAUAGAUGAAAAUAAAAAUGUACAUAUGAAUGACCAGAAUGAACAAAAUAACCAUUGUUCUAAUAAAUUAUUAAUAGAAAGUUGUUGUCAUAUAGAUAAAGAUGUAAAAAAAAGUUUAUUAGAAAUAUUUCAAUAUAAAGAAUUUACAGAUGUUCAAAGAAUUGUAUAUGAUAAUAUUAUAAAAGAGAAAAAACAAAAUGAUUUAUUAAUUCAAGCAAAAACAGGCACAGGAAAAACAAUUGCAUAUUUAUUAUUAUCCAUUAAUGAUAUUAUAAAAAAUAAAAUAUUAAGUGUUCAUACUCUUAUUAUAGUACCAACAAGAGAAUUGGCAAAUCAAAUAUAUAAUGAGUGUAAAUUAUUAUUAACGUACAAACAUAAUAUUAACGUUUUAACACUUACAGGAGGUAUAAAAAGAAGAGAUGACCAAUUAAAUAUAAGAAGAAUUAAACCAGAUAUUAUUAUAUGUACGGUCGGGAGAUUAUUAGAUCAUUUUGAAUCUACUUAUUUAUUUAAUACGUUAUUCGAAAAUUUAAAAAUGUUAAUAAUUGAUGAAGCGGAUCAAUUAUUAAGUACAGGAUAUGAAAAUGAUAUUCAUCGAUUAUUAACAUAUUUACCAUCUAAUAGAAGAAAUAUUCUUUUAUCGGCUACAUUAGGAUAUAACUUAGAUGAAAUAAGAAAAAAAAUGUGUAAAUCAGAUUAUAUCUAUUUAAAUUGUGUUAAAGACAUUUCCAAACAUACAAGUGAUCAAUUAAUACAAUAUGUAUUAUUUCACAAAGCCAUUGAUACUACUAUUAUAUUAUAUAACUUAUUAAUUGAACAUAUGAGAUUAAACCAAUUUACAUAUAAAAUUAUCGUUUUUUUUCCAACCGCAAGAGCUACCUCUUUUUAUGCACAAUUUUUUAUAAACCAAUUAAAAAUAUCAGUUUAUGAAAUACAUAGAAAAAAAGAAACGGCACAUAGACAAAUCACAUCUAAUAGAUUUUGUAUGGAAUCUGUUGGAAUUCUAUUUACAUCAGAUAUAAGUUCUAGAGGAUUAAAUUAUCCAGAUAUUACUCUAAUUAUUCAAGUUAAUACACCCAUAUCCAGAGAACAAUAUAUUCAUAGAGUUGGAAGAACAGCUAGAAGUAAUAAAAAGGGAAUGGCCAUUAUAUUAUUAAAUGAAGCAGAUGAAUUAUUUUAUCAAGAAAUUAAAGAUUUAAAUAUACAAAAAUUAAAUGCACAAAAUUAUACCUUAAAAAAUACAAACCUAUCAAAUUAUUUAUCCACAUGGAUGUCUAAUACACAAUUACUAUAUUUAGCAUAUGCAUAUUACUCUUCUAUAUUAAGGUUUUAUAAAACGAAAUAUACUCAUCUCAAAAUAAAUGAUGAUGAAAUCAUUGAUGCUGUUAAUAAUAUGUUACUUUCAACAGGAUUAGUUGAACAACCUUAUAUUUCAAGAAAUUUAGCUACAACUUUGAACAUGCAAAAUAAUGUAAAGCUUAAAAUAAGGAAGGAUUUGGACGACAUCUUGUUAUUAUAA